AUGGGUGAGGCUAUCCAAGAUGGCAGAGCAGUAUCUGGUAAAGUGCAAUAUUGGAUGUUUUCUGGAUGGUGUAUUGAGUUAGAGUUUGCCGAUGGUUCUGGAUUAUUUUUUGUGGAGCUGUUCGUUUGUUCAGGAAGUGAGUUGGAGUUUGCCGAUGGGAUCUGGCAGGCCGACGUUUUUCAGUAUUGUGCAGCGGAGUCGUAUACCACAGAUUGUCUAGAGCAAAGCAGAGGAGCCACGCCUAUCGCUACAGAACGAUAUGCAUCUGGUCGUAAGUAA